AGACUACAGACGGAGAGGACAGCGCGGCUUAUGAACGAAACACUAUCCCGAACGCUUUCGGACCUGACGAACAGCGUACGUGGUGGGAGAUAGGACAAGAUAGACUGUUUAUCAAGACGGGCCAACGUUUAGGUUCGGGACAGUUUGGAAUCAUACUUCUCGGAGAUGUGAUCAAAGACGAUGGCAGGAAAAUAAGAUGCGCUAUAAAAACAUUAAAACGUAAGAAUAGUUCUUCCUCACACUUUUUGAGUCGACGUAAAAUAAGCACUGAUCCUGAAACAAGGACUAAAUUGAGCAACCUUUUGAAUUCAGGGAAUCAAGUUUGAAAUCAUGAGGAAAUAUUUUUAAAUCUCGCGAAUCAUAUAGAGCAUUUGCACGUAUUCCCCAGGAACUAACUCAACAAAAGCCAUGGCGGCCAUGUUGGUGUUCCAGACAAAAGAGUCUAAUUAAAAUUCUUUUGAAUUGGAACACAAACAUGGCGGCUGUGACGCCAUGUGCAAACGCUCUAUAGUGACGUUUUAAAUUAUAUCAAGCAAAUAUCUUCUCAGUUUGCGUAACAUGGAAGAUGAAGCUUCUUACGCCACUUCUGAUGAUUUCUAGGUCGUUUUAAACACGAGAUAAUAGAAACCUUACGAUUUUAGGACGGCAACGUGACGGUAACGGCUACCAAUACAAUAUAGAUCAUUGAAAAGAAUUGAAAAGUUACAAUAUAUGAAAAAUUUAGAAUUUUAGGCAUUGUCCUCGCUCUGUUUACAACGCCAAAUCACAUACUUUAACGUCUUAAGGCCUCAUUUCAAGCAGCAACUAGUGCAACUUCAAACUAGGUUCAGGAGAAGCUGGAGAACUUUUCCCAACCCUGAUAAAACACAUGUUUUCAACUUCUAAGACUGUGUUAAAUUUAUACGAUUGAUAAGAUACGACGAAUUGUUUGGCCGUCGUCGUCGCGUUGUCGUCCUAAAAUCGUAAGGUUUCUUGAGACGGUCAUAUUAGUGUGACCUUAUGAAUUUUCUACUGGCAAAUUUCAGAAGGAAAAGAUCCACCAAUAACCAAUUUCUUUCUAGACAAUAUUUUUUAUUCCUACCGAUUAUCUAGAAACUUUACGAACGUCUUUUAACAUGCAUGUCAGCAACAACAUCAUUGUAGUCUGUACAUGUAAUUAUCUUUGAUAUUUUACAGCAGAAGCAUCUGAAGUGGAAAAACGAAGUUUAAAAAUUGAAUUGCAAAACAUGUCCACCAUGGAUCCGCAUCCGAACAUCGUGAAUUUGAUCGGAGCUCAAACACAAAAUCCAAAUGGUAAAAAAAAAUACUAAACAAAUUGAUGUUUGUGAUAUUACUCUGAGUGUAUAUCCACACCGCGCAAGCUUGAAAAAUAUGCUAAAACCUACGACCUCGCCUUUGGAGUGGAUGUACUAUUUAAAGCACACAUGUUUUAUCAUAUUAUAUGGCUUAAAAUACGACUACAGAAGAAUACUAAUUAGGAUGAACCAUUAUAUAAUCAUACUAAUUAGGAUGAGUUUUAUCAGAUAUAAAGUCACUCCACGUGACAUAUUAUGGCUGACAUGAUUUGCCACAAGGUUUAUGAAUUUUUAAUGAGUAUUUUAAAUAUCUUUGGAGUGGAUAUACCUUUGGAGAGGAUAUAUGCCCUUUGUGGAUAUACACUCAGAGUAACAUCACAAACAUCAUAUUCACCUGAGUACAUAACACCAACACAGAAAAUAUCACUAAACAAAUUGUUUCUUUAAUAGCCAUGUUUCCCAAAAGUGGGUAAACCAGGAUAUAUGAAUUGUCCCCUAGCCAUGUUUCCUAAAGUUGGGUAAGCUAGGAAAAAUUGUUUCCUAGCCAUGUUUCCCGACGAUAGUCAAACCAGGAAACAUUGUUUCCUGGCCAUAUUUCCCGAAGGUGGGCGAACCAGGUAACAUUGUUUUCUACCCAUGUUUUCCGAAGGUGAAGAAACCAGGAAACAUUUUUGACAAGAAAACCCAUCACAGUUGGGAGGCAAAAUAGAUUUCUGGAUUUGUUGAGAAACAUUUUUGUUGCUCAACAAUGAAUCAGAGGAUGAGCAUAAUGACUUGAAGACAGCUUAGAUAUAUGGUUUUCUUUUCAUCAGGUGCGUUUUAUGUGGUGGUUGAAUAUUGUGUUAAUGGUGACUUGUACAACUAUGUGAAAAAGUACAGGACUGAUCUCUCCAGUACGGGACGGAAAGGGAAUGGCACUUCCAUUGAAUACUUCACAAGAUUGAGAAUUGCAUUCGAUGUCGCUAAUGGCAUGAGCUACCUGUCCACUAAAGGGGUAACUGAAUAUCUGAAUUAGUAUUCCAUUAGCCAGCUGUUAGGCAGGAAAACUUUAAACUAUACGCUAAACGAAACUACAAUUGAAUAUUUCUAAACCCUUAGAGGUCUAGUAGGAAUCAUCUCUUAUUGGUUCAGUGUUAUUACAGGAGGAAACCUAAACCAAACUAAUUUUAUUAAUACUAGAUAGCUCUAUCAAUUUUAAAGUGUUCUCCCUUGGAAUCUAAUAAUGAGCAUCUCUUAUCGAUCCAGUGUUAGUACAGGAGAAAACCUAAACUAAACUAAAUUUAUUUAUACUAGAUAGCUCAUCAGUUCUAAACUGCUCUCCCUAGAGGUCCAAUAAGGAUAAUCCUUUAUUGAUCCAGUGUUAGUACAGGAGGAAAUCUAAAGUAAACUAACUUUAAACCGGAUAACUAGUUUCGUAAAAUUCUCAUACUACAAAGUACAACCAAAAAUUUUGUUGUCUGUCGAGCGCGAAUUCGAACUCAUCUUCGGUCAUCGAGCGAACAAAGAUUGGCAGUGAAUGUCUUCGACAAGCAUUAAGGCGUAGCGAAAUAUGUUGUCCACUUAAAAUGGAUAAGACUCGCUACCAAUCCCCGUUGUCUCGAUAGCUCAAUCCCAAAGGUGUGAGUUUGAAUCGCGCUCCAGACAACGAAUGAUCUCAAUUUUUUCAAUUCAAUAUUCAGUUUACAGUUGCCACUUCAUUCAGUUAACUUACAUUGACUAUUGUAAUAAAAUAUAGGUAUAUUUAUAUUUUUGAAUGUUAAAUUGAAAGGAAAGGGAGUGGCGAGACGACCUCAGGAAGUCAAAGACUUGUUUUAUUAGAACAAAAAUUGUUAUUUAGAUAAGGCCAAAUUUUUUUGUCUUAAUUUUUGUUCUGAAUAACAAUGCCAACAAUCUCUUGUUGAUUGUUGGUUUAGUGAUAUCACUGGAGGAAACCCUAAAACUGAAAACCUUCAUCAGUUUCAAACAGCUCUUCCGGUAUGGGUCAUCCCUGGCUUGUUGGCCCUGUGUUAGUACAGGUAUAUAGAAAACUCUGGAUACCAGUCUUUGUAUAGCUGAAUGGGCCACACUUCCUAAAUAAAAUCACUUAAUUUCACUAAGCUAAAACUAACAGUUUAUCUAUACCACUUUUACAUGAGUUAAUACAGAUAGCACGAACUAUUUUAAUAUGGGUAUAGACGAUUGUACGUAUUUUGUUGUUGUUAUGUAGUUUAUUCACCGCGAUCUUGCUGCCCGUAAUGUGCUCCUUGAAGGUGACCUGAGAGCGAAAGUUUCUGAUUUUGGUCGAACUCGGGAUAUCGGCAACACGUAUGAAGUCUUUCAGAGUGUCCGCAAAGUAAGGGCCGCCAUUUUUUUCAAUUUAAUAGUAAUAGCAGUUAUAUUUACAUUCUAUUGCUUACAUAUAUGUGUAUAUUCGACGGUAGCAUGAAUUUAUGUUGCUACUUAAAUUUGGGAUUUGAAAUAAGUGCUCAUCUGUUUUCAUUUUUGCAUUUUGCAGAACGAACCAAUUCCAACAAGGUGGAUGCCUGUAGAAACAUUACGUUAUCAAAUAUUUAACUUGAAGAGCGACGUGUAAGUCUUGAAUGUUCACAUGGUACUUCUAAAUCCUGCAUGUCAGAGUAGGGUUGAUGAAAGUAGACAAGCGAGAGUUUACAUGAGAGUUUUUUCAACUCUCAUGCAUGGCUCUGUCAAACGGUAAUAAGAAUUCAAGUUGCAAGCAAAAAUUUAUCAAAAAUUAGGAAUGAUUAUUACAAUGAUUACUAACAACACAUACUGCAUGUUGAAUAGUCAAUAGUGAUUGCUGUUGAAGAUCCGACUGUAUAACAGUUCAAGGUUGUCAGUUAUACUUAAUUGAUUGAGAUAAUGAAAUUGAAUUAUCAAAUAUCAAUUAUGAAAUAUGAAUGCUUCAAUGCUAAGAUUUAAUUCUUUUGCCCAAAUAUUCUUCCGAGUGAUUCAAACUGGAAUUCAUAUUUGCCAAAACGAAACUGUUUUCUUUUUUUACAGGCAUGCUGUAAAUUAACGCCCGUUAUUUUUAACGCUCUUUAAUUAAGGCUAAAAAUGUUGUUUCUCUUGUAUAGCUGGUCAUUUGGAGUUUUACUGUGGGAAAUUGAAAGUGGAGGUAUGAAUGUAGCCGAUAGAAAAACAAGCUAAAUUUGUUUUGUUCAUACUGGAUAUACCAUGCAUUCAGGCCCAAAUAAAUACAAUUUAGAUUUGGAUCAACUUCACUUCAUUCACAUUGCAAAAUUCAUGUUUUCGCUUCCGUCUUCGCGCGAGCAAUAGGGGAAACCUAGCUGAUUUUCAUAUGGUGGUAACUGCCACAAAUGUGUUCUAACUGUUGUCAGAGUGUUCGCGACCAAAUGGAAAUAUGAAGAAAAGUCUUGUCGCGACACGCUGGCACGGUUCACGACAGUUCCAACAGUGUCGUCGAGAUAGGCUCGAGUUCUAUCUCGACGACAGUUGCGACAGGCUAGAAACGUGUCGUGACGGUUAUUCAGUUUUUAGUGGAAACACGAAAACGACAGCGUGGCUACAGUUUGUCUUUUUAAAACUGCCGCCAGCUGCUUGUACGAUCCCUGGGUACGAAAUCAACUUGCGACAGUGCACGACAGUUGCAACCAUAUGGAAAGGAGCAUAAAAAUCAUUCACGACAAAUACGUACGUACUUCACGACACGUUCGAGACAAGUUUGCGACAGUUACUAGGGAGUUUACGAAUGUGAGACGGCGACGUCAGAACGACGGCUAUCAAUACAAUGACAUUAAUCCUAAAGUACAAAAGAAAUGAAUAAUUAAAAGUCUAACAGGGGUUUUAGACGUCGUCGAAGCUCUGUUGACAACGGCAAAAUGUAUAUUUUGACGCCUUGCAUAGUACGUAUAUUUUCACGUCUUGCAUAUAAUAUUCUAGCAGAGUUGAUCAACAUUGCUCGGAAGGUUAGAACUCUGUUUUACUCGUUCGAAAUUAUUUUAAAUUCAUAAGAAAGUAAAUACAAGCAAGAUUUCCAUACAACCAUUUAUUUCAAACAGUUUGUUUUGCCGUCGUCCUGACGUCGCCGUCUUACAUUCGUAACCUCCCUAGUACCAUACGGAAACUAUUCGAUACAUCGCUUUUCCGCCGCUCCUAUAUAACACGGAUUCGAUUGCCGCAUGAAUGGAGCGGCAUCUGAAACCGGUCUCAAUUAAUUUUGUUAAAAUGUUUUCGUGAUGCACUACUCUGACUGCAAAUGCCUGUGCUACAGAUAUUUACGCUUAUUGUAUAAACAGAUAAAAUAGUAUAUAUAUAUAUAGUAUAUAUAUAUAUAUAUAUAUAUAUAUAUAUAUAUAUAUAUAUAUAUAUAUAUAUAUAUAUAUAUAUAUAUAUAAUAUAUAUAUAUAUAUAUAUAUAUACUAAAAAUACUAAAACAAUGGACAACAUUAUGGCAAACUCUAGAUCUGUCAAGAUAAUAUAAUGGUCUGGAAGCUCGGCAAACUUCAAAGCUACAAAAUAGAAGGCCCAACCUGUAUCAAGUAUAGACUAUAUACCAUCCUGUACAAUCCUGUACCAUUUGUGUAUCCCACACAUCCCACACUGGAAUCUUUUCAUAAUUCUAAGCACAUCAUUCAAGCUUGAUUGUUAUUAUUCUAAGUUUAAAGAUAAAGAGCAGAGCCCAGCAAAUAACUUUAAAACCAGACAUAAUAAAAGUAAAAAUUUAAUUAACAACGUUUCGUUGUUUACAAUACAACAUCUUCAGAGCAAUCUAAAUGAAUUUACAGGGUAUGGUAUAUAUAUUUACAAAAUAAUGGUUUAAUGUUACAAAAACGGUUACAUGGUUUGAAAGAACAAAUGAAUAGAAAGAAAGGAAAACAACUUAUCAGUAACUAGUUAAUAAGUAAAGGUUAAUUUUAAGUGCAUGGUUAGUAUAGUUAAGGUUAAUAUUACAUAACUAAAAUAACUCAAGAGGGGUAGAUCUAAUAUUGGGUUAAGGACAGGGUUAAGUUGAGAAAUUAAUAGGCUUUCACGGAUAAGAAGAUCCCACUCAGAAGUGCCUGAUGAUAGAAUUUUGAAAUCAGAAGCGGAGACUGGGUGUUUGUGCAUGUGUUUGUGAGCGAGUAUACUUGACAUGGUUGAGAUAGAGCGUUCUAUUCCAGUCAAAGGCGAGACUCCCAUAUGCUCUGAGAUACGUGUGUGAAUGUAUCGGCGUGUUUGGCCAACAUACAAUGCGCUACAGCAUUGUUAUUAUUGUAUUCAAUUUUUUUUAGGAACCCGACCAUACAACGAUGACACGACUUACAGACAAGUUGUGGAUAAAGUUGUUUACCAAGGAUACAGAUUGCAACAACCUUACAACUGCCCAGACGUCAUGUAAGCGAAGCUAUGAAGCCUAUAAUACAUAUAUCUUACAAGGGCCGAAUUUCAGGCUAGUUCCUCGGGUAGAGGAGAACUGAUCAUGUGAUCGGCUAGUUGUGUUGUUUGUGCCGUCAGAUAUAACCCAGUCCCUAUCUCUAAGCCUAAUCCUUAAUCUAACCGUUACCCUAACCCUAAACCUAACCCUAACCCUAACCUCAACACUAAUGACUAAUCACUAUAACUAACUGAUGACGUAAUCUGUGAUGCAAAUUCUUCUAUCCGAGGAAGUACCCGAAAUUUACAAUUACUUCUACUAUAGUCUGUACAACAGGAAUACUGGUAGAUUUCAAGAUUUACUAUUCCGUCUGAAGAUCCACUAUUCUUUAAAUCUCACAAUUGUGAUGUAAACCGCUAGGCCUCAGAACCUAAGACCAGCAACCAAACGUAUUGCAUAAUUUCCAACAUGAGCUCGAUUUUCCGACUUGCUGUGUGGGUGCAGGGGCUCUAACCCCUAACCCUAAUGUAGUCUUAAUCCGGCCCUAACCUGGUCCUGAUCUGGCGUUGGUCUGCAAGGGCUUGGUGACUCUGUUUUCGGGAAUGCGCACACCUCGACACGACCACCCUUUUAGAGCGAUUACAUUUACUGUAUACCCAAAAGUCUUGUCUAACGCUUGUGGUUUUAUAUGGAGUUGCGAAUUUAUUGUAUUAUUAAAUUCGGACGUGUUCAACAUUUUACUCAUGUUUACUCAACAUUUUACACAUUUUACUCAUGAAUAAUACGAAAUCAGAUUAUUGCCAAUUACGAGAAAAUGAAAUUAUCAACAUGAGUUCGACCUUUGGGUCGAACUCAUGUUGAUAAUUUCAUUUUCUCGUAAUUGGUAAUAAUCUGAUUUCGUAUUAUUUAUUUCUCUUUUUUGCAGUUAUCAGAUAAUGCAAGAGUGUUGGAAAAUCGAUCCUGAUGAGCGACCAACAUUCACCCAGAUUGCGACGAACCUUGGUAGCUUAUUGCAGGCUCACCUUCCUGGCCCGCCCCAAUACUCUACAUUCCCUUCAAGUCCCUCAACAGUAAAUAAUACAACAGCUUAGUUCGCACUAUUGAGGUAUUGACAAUCCCGAGAAAUGCCUUCCGGAUUGCUACAUAUAAUUAAAUAUAGAAUCACACUUCUUAUCAUGCACUUAGAGCUUUACAAAUCUAAAGGAGUAAAUCCCCGCACAGACGAGUAAGUUUUCCUUGACAAGUUUACUUUCUCGUGUGUACAGUCAACAAGUUUUCCUUGACAAGUUUACUUUCUCUUGUCUACAGUCAACAAGUUUUCCUUGACAAGUUUCCCUUGACAAGUUUGCUUUCUCGCGUGUACAGUCAAUAAGUUUCCCUUGACACGUUUACCUUCUCGUGUGUACAGUCAACAAAUUUUCCUUGACAAGUUUACUUUCUCGUGUGUACAGUCAACAAGUUUUCCUUGACAAGUUUCCCUUGACAAGUUUGCUUUCUCGCGUGUACAGUCAAUAAGUUUCCCUUGACAAGUUUACCUUCUCGUGUGUACAGUCAACAAAUUUUCCUUGACACGUUUACUUUCUCGUGUGUACAGUCAACAAGUUUCCCUCGACAAGUUUACCUUCUCGUGUAUACAGUCAACAAGUUUCCCUUGACAAGUUUACUUUCUCGUGUGCACAGUCAACAAGUUUUCCUUGACAAGUUUUGUUGCUACUGUAAACAUUUAUCUUACGUCAACGUCAAGGCGGCCUUUUAUUUUAGUAGUAUUUCUUGUACACUUGUCAAGUUUUCCUCUGCCGGCCGUAUACCUGACGAACAAAUCUUCCUUUCCAAAACCUGCUGUGAGCAUAUAUAUAACUUUGGCAGGGAAACUUGUCCAUUUUUUCCCGUACACACGAACAAAUAAAAUUGCCGUCUGUACAGUAUGAGGCUUAAUACACCCUUUCGAUAAUUACGUCACAACUACACUGUUUUCAAAGGAUUUCAAGUUUUUUUUCUGAUGGGCUAUGCACAGAGAAGCAGAACAUCCUUCUUCAACACACGCAUGAAAAAUAAUGAUUUAUUUUGACCAAUAAAUGUGGGGCAAUAAGCUUUAACACGAAAACGAGGCUGCAGGUCAUGACCUGGAGCCUCGUUUUCGUGUGAAUGCUUAUUUCCAUAUUUACUGAUCAAAAUCCAAAACUUUUUUCGCGCAUGUGUUGAAGAAGGAUGUUCUGCUUCUCUGUGCAUAACCCAUGAGAAAAAAACUUGAAAUCCUUUCCAUUUAAGAUGGUCAUAAGUUGAAAACAGUGUAGUUGUGACGUAAUUAUCGAGAGGGUGUAUUCUUAUCAUGGCUAUUUUUAUGAAAUAUUUAUCAUUCAGUGCACAUUUCACAAGCAACUGGUACUCCCAGGAAAAUUUAAAGGGGCCGAGUAUCACGGAAGCGUCGCCGAUUUUGACCCUCGCAAAUCUUUAGGAAUCUUGCACAAAACCUAAAAGAAUGGUUGUAAGCACAACAUAAAACAAUCACAAAUAUAUAAAACAAUAUAAAUAACAUAAAACAGUAACAUGUACAGAAGUCUGGAUGGUUGAGGUCUUGAGGAUUGAGAUGGACUGUAAAUGACAUCUUGAUUCUUGAUUCAUUGUUGGCAUGCACACACUUUUUCAAGUUUAGAUCAAUUUGUAUGAAAACGUCGUCUUAGAUGUUUUGUAGAAGUUCAAAGUUGUUUAAUAUGACCUGUAUAUCAUAACUGAACCUAUUUAUAAUGUUUAUUUGUCAAAUUAGCGGGUCAGCCUUUGAAUAAAAACAUUUUUGGUCAAAAUUGGUGACACUGCCCCUUUAACGGACGAUGCCCUUUAAUUAAUUUAGAUUGACUGAAAAAAAAAACACAAAAGUGAUCCAAGACAAGAAUUUUCGACUAAUUUUUUGAGUAAUUUUUAAACUGUAUUGUCACUAUGUAAUCGCAUUAUCGUUGAAUUUGUUAUCAAACGCUUAAGUUAAAACUAGCACAUGUAAUAUUGUAGUACGGUACAUAUAAAUAUAGUUUAUAAAUAUAGCUAUAAAAUAGCAUAGUAC